AUGAAGAAGUCGACGUCUAUGACACCACGAACGACUCGCAUUGAUAAAGAUGUCAAGACAACACUCUUGCACAGUCGUGUACUGUCUUUUCUGUAUGAUUUAAUGUGGAGUUAUCGCUAUUUUCCACAGCUAGCGUGCGUUUUGUUACUCGUGGAAGCAUGUGUGGGCUAUGUUAUAAUUCAAAAAGUGCCUUACACAGAGAUUGAUUGGUCGACGUAUAUGCAACAAGUAGAGCUGUUUAAGGGCGGUGAGCGUGAUUAUAUGAACAUUUACGGAAAUACUGGUCCACUUGUGUAUCCUGCUGGAUUCCUCUAUGUUUUCUCCUUUUUGCAUUCAGUAACUGACGAUGGACAAAACAUUCGACGGGCUCAAUACAUUUUCUUAGGCUUGUACCUUAUCACGAUCGCAACGGUACUGGCUAUCUACUACCGUGCACGUGUAUUACCUCCAUGGGCUACCGUCCUCUUGUGUGCGUCGAAGCGUCUGCACUCGAUCUUUAUGCUACGAAUGUUCAAUGAUGGUGUGGCUAUGAUGAUGCUAUUUAUUGCUGUAUACCUGUUUGCACGCCAACGCUGGCGUUGGGGCUGCGUGCUUUUUAGCCUUGCGGUGUCGAUCAAAAUGAACGUUUUACUGUUUGCACCGGCGCUAUUCUUCCUGUUGCUGCAGUCGUGCGGUAUUCUACGCACAGCCUGGUACUUAUUCAUCUGCGCUGCUAUUCAGAUUGUAUUGGCCUACCCGUUCCUCAAGCACAACUGGUGGAGCUACCUGAACAAGGCCUUUGAGCUUAACCGCGUGUUCGCAUUCAAGUGGACUGUGAAUUGGAAGUUUCUUGAUGAAGAGACGUUUGUGUCGGGUGGAUUCGCCUUGCUGUUGCUCUUGGGUCACCUGUUCUUUAUGGUGCUUUUUCUUGACAAACACUUUAACAUCAUCGGCACUAUUCGCGCCGUGAUGAUGAAGCCUUUUGUCAUUUACGAGCCAUUCCCAAUCCAGAGCGAGAUCGUCGUGACGUCGCUAUUUGUGAUGAACUUUGUGGGGAUUGUCUUUUCACGCACGCUGCACUACCAGUUCUACGCGUGGUACUACCCGACUCUGCCAUACCUGCUAUGGUGUUCUGAUUUGCCUCUACUGCUGAAGAUGGCGGCGCUGCUGAAUAACGAGUAUGCUUUCAAUACGUACCCGUCGACUACGAUGAGCUCAAUUAUGCUGCAGCUUACAAACAUGUUCCUGCUUAUUACGCUGUACCUGAACCAAAAGUCAAACUCAUUCGUGCCGCACCUGGAUGCAGAGUCUCGGCUAAAUCUCAUCACUUUCGUGAAUGAGGAGUGCUUUGACGGUGCGCGUCAGCUUGCGUUGUACUACGGUAGUGUGACGGAGGAUCUGGCCGAAGGUGCCACAGUGUCGUCUAUUGACGAGCACGAGGUGGUGUUGUUGCUACCAAAGAUGAAACUGACACUAGCAGUUGGUUUUGGCAGCAGUGGACCCGUGGCAGGCGAGGGCUAUGGUCGACAGGUGCUCAAAGGCAUGCUCCGUGAAGCUGUCGAGGGCAUCAAGGCUGGUGACACCAUGGGCAAGCUCAUCAACCGUGAGUACAUGAAGGAGAAGGAGCUCAAGGGCCUUGUGGACUCGCUAGAUGAUCAGCAGGGCAUUGUCAGCAAGUCGCUACGUCAGCGAACGACCAUGAAGACGAUGACGUCGUCGACGUCGACAAACGUUUAA